AUGGAGUUACUUCUAAAACCAUCUACAUACCCUACGUUACAAUCAGGACGUAAUUUAGGAACCAGAUCCUCUGGUACUCCACAUCGAGAUAAUUAUUUCGCUCUUCAGUUGAUGCAUCAAAAAUCACACAAAUUAAUAUUGCAGGCUUGGUUUUUCAUCAUUGGGCUACUGGCAGCAGCUGGUCAGUCAACAGCUCAAGAUCCUAGAACAAGGAAUCAGAAACCGCUUGUACAACCCGCUAUAGGAAUAGAAGCUCUCAGAGCACCUAGACAACUGCCACCCCAACAAUUUGCUAAUGUCCAGUCUACGAACCCUCUAUCCGCAGAACCGAUUUUAAGCACUGCUCAAACACCGCGGAUAGCGUCAGAACGAAUUCCCUACAAGCGACAGCUUGGGCAUUUAGGAAUUGGAAGUUUUAUUCCCCUUAAACAUGGAGCAUCAAUAUCGUUGGAAGAAGGAUUUUAUCCUGAAGGCUUGAAGACCAAUAAUGUUCCCAAAUUCGCGGAAGCGAUACCCAACGUUCAAACGAGGAUAGGACAUUCGGAUCUUAUACCUGAACGUCGAAUUCAUCAUGAUAGUCACCACCAGGCCACAUAUCACCACAGCCAUGGGCACCAUCACGGUCAUCAUCAUGGACACAAUCAUCAAUCACAUCACGGUCAUAAGCAUGGACAUGACCAUCAUGCUCAACAUGACCACAAUCAUGGCCACAGCCAUGGCCAUGAUCACAAACAUGGCCACAGCCAUGAUCACAAACACAAUCAUGGACACAAUUCUCAACACAAACACGGACACAACCACAAACAUUCACAUGGACAUGAACACAAACACGAGCAUCAACAAGCACACAAACAUGACCAUGACGAAGACCAUAAACACCAACAUGGACAUGGCCAUAAGCAUGGCCAUAGUCACAAACAUGGUCACAACCACGGACACGAUCACAAACACGAACACGGACAUCAUCAUAAACACGGUCAUCAACAUCACUCGAAACACGAGCAUCAUGAAGAACACAAACAUCAUGGUGAACAUCAUCAUCACCACAAACACUCUCAUCAUAACGAACACCACCAUCAUCAUGACCACCAUCACGUCAACGAACAUCACCAUCAUCAUGCUCAUAAGGAAACUGAGACCCAUCAUCACCAUCAUGGUCAUGAACACAAAGAAGACCACAAGCAUGAUCAUAAACAGGAUCACCACCAUAAACACGGACACGACCAUAAACAUGGUCAUCAAGAAGAACAUCAGCAUGGACAUCAAGAGGACCACCAUGAAAAACAUGGACACGAACACAAACAUGGUCAUCAUGAGGAUCAUAAACAUGGACAUCAUGAAGAUCAUCAUCACAAGCAUGGCCAUGAUCACAAAGAAGACCACCAUGAAGAACAUCAGCAUGGACAUAAUGAAGAUCAUAAGCAUGAUCACCACGAAGAACAUCAGCAUAAACACGGCCAUGGGCACAAACAUGAGCACAAGGAGGAUCAUCAUCAUGGACAUAAUGAAGAACACCAGCAUGGACACCAAGAGGAACACAAGCAUGCUCAUCAUGAGGAUCAUAAGCAUCAUGAAGAUCACAAAGAAGAGCACAGUCAUGCUCACGAUCACAGACAUGCUCAUGAACACAAUGAACAUCAUAAUCAUCAUGAAGAUCAUAAACACCACGAAGACCACAAGCACGGACAUGGCCAUCAUCAUAGUCAUGGUCAUCACCAUGAUGAUCACCACAAACACGAUCAUGGGCAUGAUCAUCAUCACAAGCAUCAUGAAGAUCAUCAUCAUCAUGCUUUUGAAAAACAUAGCCAUCAAUCUCACGGUCAUCACAAAAGCUUUGGUCUUCACUUCAGUGAAAUUCCAAGUCAUGAUGAGUAUGUUUUUCCUGAAGAGAGUGCACCUGUUGCUGCAAGCGCUGACGUUCCACAACCCAAUAUUGAAAAGGAUUCAGCAGCAGAAAAUACGGAUGAACACGUUACCUUUCAGGGAUGGUUUUUGUUGCUCGUACUGCUAGCAGUAGCUAACUUGGCAGCUGGACAGGAUCCAAGAACCAGGAACCAGAAGCAGCUAUACGAUACCCCCAUAGAAAAAGAGCCACUGCAAAUAAAAGGACAACUCAACCCUUUGCGCACAGUAUUGAAUGGAGAUACGGCAGAGUCUAGCAUUUCUCAGAAUUUUCAACUAGGACUGUAUGGAAACCCUCAAAAACGGCAAUUAAGCGAGGGUAACAUUGUUGGCUUUCAACAAGGUCUUUCUCUGCCCUUAUCACUUAAUACACCAAGAGAACUUCAAGGUGGAUUUAGUCCGUUGAAUCUGAAAGCAAAUGCAGGACCUGCAAUUGCAGAGUCAAAAUUAGGAAUACAAUCAAAGCUGGGAGGGGGACACCACGAGAGUUAUCAUCAUCAUGGACAUGAUCACGGACAUGAUCACGGACAUCAUCAUAGUCAUCAUCAUGAUGCACAUCAUGAUCAUAAUCACGGACAUGAUCAUCAUGCUAAACAUGACCACAAACAUGGACAUAAACAUCAUCAUGGCCAUAAACAUGAACAUCACCAUGAUCAUAAGCAUGGGCAUCACCACAAGGCUGAUCAUAAACAUCAUCACGAUCACAAACAUCAUGCUAACCAUCAACACAACCAUAAGCAUCACGAAGAACAUAAGCACGGCCAUCACAAUGACCAUGAGCAUGGUCACAAACACGGACAUGAACAUGGUCACCAUCAUAAACACGGCCACGAUCAUAAGCAUGACCACGGACAUCACCACCAUCAUGGACAUCAUCAUCAUUCCAAACACGAACAUCACGAGGAUCACAAACAUCAUGGCGAACAUCAUCAUCACCACAAACAUACUCACCAUAACAAGCAUCAUCAUCAUCACGAUCAUCACCACAUUAAUGAGCAUCACCAUCAUCAUGCGCAUAAGGAAAGUGAGAAACAUCAUCAUCAUCAUGGACAUGGACAUGAUGAAGACCACAAGCAUGAGCACAAACAAGAUCACAAACAUCAUCAUGGACAUGAACACAAGCAUGGUCACCACGAAGAACAUCAUCAUGGGCAUCAUGAGGAUCAUCACGAAAAUCAUGGACAUGAUCAUAAGCAUGGUCACCACGAAGAUCACCAUCACCAUCACCAUCAAGAUCAUCAUCACAAGCACGGACAUGAUCAUAAAGAAGAGCAUAGUGAAGAACAUCAUCACGGACAUCAUGAAGAUCAUAAACACGAUCACCAUGAAGAUCAUCAUCACAAUCAUGGACAUGAGCAUAAGCACGGGCAUAAGGAGGAACAUCAUCAUGUUCAUCACGAAGAACACAAACAUGGACAUCACGAGGAACAUAAACAUCAUCAUGACGAGAAACACAAACAUGAUGAACAUCACAAAGAAGAGCACAAACAUGGCCACGAACAUAAACACGAUCAUGACCAUCACGAACAUCAUAAACAUCACGAAGAUCACAAACAUCACGAAAAACACAAGCACGAUCAUGAUCAUCAUCACAAGCAUGGACAUCAUCAUGAUGAUCACCACAAACACGACCAUGGGCAUGAUCAUAAUCACAAGCAUCACGAAGACCAUCAUCAUCAUUCUUUUGACAAGCAUCUUCUUUCACGUAAAAGCUUCGCAUCUCACCUUGAAGAAGAAUAUGUUUUCCCGGACGAAACUGUUUCACUUCCUUCAGUGGUUCAAAAAAAAGCAGAAGCACAGGCAAUAUCGGUUGCAGAGAGAAAUACCAUCCAAGUUUAA